UGUGACGCAAUUUGAGAAUAUACCUCCGGGUUUAUACCUUCAGUGACUCACAAUAAAACAAAACGUUUUCUACUAAGGGAAGGGAGAUUUCAAACACCGAAGUGAGCCAACUGCAUGAAGAUAACUGGAAUGACGAUGUCUAGUAAACCGACUUUAGCAUUCUUCAUCUAUGGAAUUAUAAUGCAUAGCGCCUACUGCUCCCCGGUUGGGCUCGAUUAUCCUAGACUUAGCAUGCGUUUUAACGUUGGUGUAUUAAAGCUCGAAAACGAGGUUUUUGACGAGGACGGAGACACGUUUACGGACUUGGAUUUUGACGGCGAUCAAAUUGCUAUACGAAGCCCUCCCUCCCUCUUUGACAACGUGUACACAUUAUACUACCCUCCCGAAAAGAGAUCUGAAAGACACGCAGAUGGAAUCUUUAAUGAAGCCCACGGGGACGGACUUGGCCAGUUUCUUCAUUCUGCGGUGGCAGAGCGUGCGGGUGGAGGCGGUGUGAAGGAAGGUGACACAGAACCCUUAUCCAAAAGGCAUUCCGAUGGAAUCUUCACAGACAGCUACAGUCGUUACCGAAAACAAAUGGCGGUGAAAAAGUAUCUAGCAGCGGUUCUGGGAAGAAGGUACAGACAGAGAAUUAAAAACAAAGGCCGCCGUUUCUCCUAUUUGUAGCGUCAACAAUCCAAACAGCCCAUCUGUCCGGCCCUAUAAGAUCAAAUCGUUCUGAGCAGUGGAUUGCGCCUGUGUUCUUUAAACGUGUAUUUAUGUAUGAAGUAAAGCCAUUAAAAUGAAUAUUUUAAUAAUA